CUUUGUCUCUCACAGCGAGGAAGGUCAAAGAAGAAUCUUACUGACUUAAGAUUGUGUCUGGGGGAGAGAAAAAAACUAUGGAGCUCAGGGGCUGGAGAUUCUCGCCUUUCAUUUGUGUCCUUCUGUCGCUCCUAUUUCAGGCCAGUGCUUUCACACACAUAACAACUAACCUUUGUAAGUGGUGUGACCAGUCCAGUCCUGUGUGUGAGGACAACAUCUGCAUGAGCAACUGCAACUUCAGCUCCUUUUGUAACCAUGCCGAGGAGGUCUGCGUGGCUGUUUGGAAGAAGGAAAAUGAGAGUGUGAGCGUUCAGACUCUAUGCCACAAUCCUCAGCAUGCACUGGAAAACAUCGUGCUGUCUAACACCAGCUCCACAGAGUGUGUAAUGACUUCAGUGCCCUCUGAGAACAGUAUGCUGUUUCUCUGCAGCUGUAUCAGGGAGCAUGACUGCAAUGACAGGCUCAUCUUUGAGAAGGGAGCAAAUGGGUUCUCAAGGCUCAGGAGUAAAGAUGUGAUUCCAGUAGUGGUGAUAAGUCUGGUUCCUCCACUUCUAGUAGCUGUGAUUGCUACAAUGGCAUUCUACCUCUACCGCACACGCCACCUCAGCAAACAACCCAAAGACUGGGCACCAAAGCGCACACAUUACCAGUCAUUGGACCCACCAGAGGCGUGUGCUGGUGAAGCCAACACCAGUGACUACCACGGCAAGCUUCUAUCCCUCGGUGAAGAUGCCAAUUCAGACAUAUCAUCAAGCUGCGCCAAUAGUCUAAACCACAACACAGAGCAUCUUCCUAUCCAGCUGGAGGCCCUGGUCGGUAAGGGACGAUUUGCUGAGGUCUGGCGAGCACGGCUUAACCACAGCGAAUGUGGCCAGUAUGAAACGGUGGCAGUAAAAAUCUUCCCAGCUGUGGAAUAUGCUUCCUGGCGCAACGAGAGGGCCAUCUUCUCAGACCCCAACCUGAAACACGAGAACAUUGUGCAGUUUCUGACUGCAGAGCAGCGCGGAGGUACAGCUAGCACCCCCCAGAGGCAGUAUUGGCUAAUCAUGGCCUACCAUGCUCUGGGGAAUCUGCAGGACUUCCUAGUGAGCCAUGUGCUGAGCUGGAGUCAGUUGUGUGCAAUGGCAUCCUCAGUGGCACGAGGCCUAGCGCAUCUGCACAAUGACACAACACCAUGUGGGACACCCAAGGUACCAAUCGCACACAGAGACUUGAAGAGCAGCAAUAUUGUGAUGAAGAGCAACAACGAGUGUGCUCUGUGUGAUUUUGGCCUGGCUCUGAGACUGGACAUCUCUCUCACCGUGGAUGACUUUGCUAACAGUGGGCAGGUUGGAACGGCGCGCUACAUGGCCCCUGAGGUCCUAGAAUCUCGAGUGAAUUUGGAGGAUUUGGAGUCGUUCAAACAGAUGGAUGUGUACUCUAUGUCUCUGGUGCUGUGGGAAAUGGCCUCUCGCUGUGAUGCUAUAGGAGAGGUGAAGGGCUACGAGCCUCCAUUUGGUUCGAAGGUGUGUGAUCAGCCGUGUGUGGACAGUAUGAGGGAUCUGGUGCUGAGGGACAGAGGGCGACCUGACAUCCCACUCUGCUGGACAAUACAUCCGGGAAUGCAGGUGUUAAGUGCCACUAUUACAGAAUGCUGGGACCAUGACCCAGAGGCUCGUCUGACUGCACACUGUGUGCUGGAGCGCUUUAACACUAUAGUGCAGGAAGAAGAACUGGAGAGCAGCACUGUCUUUGUCUCCGUCCCCAGCUCCACGGAGCAGCAGGACUCCCCUCUCCCCUCUAACUGCACGGAGCAUGACGCUGACACGUCGCCAGCAUGCCCACCCCAGCCACAAACCACAGUCGAUGCUCAAGCCCCAACCACCUUAAGGCCGCUGAGUGAAGUGUGA